GAGCUAAACUAGUUAAAAUAAAAAAAUCAAUAGCCUUUGUUUAUAUUUUUUCGAAGUUAAACUUUUAUUUCGACUAUACAUUUUUUUUCUGUGCCAUCAUGAGCUGCUUCGGCUGUAGCCGCAAAUAUGGAUUAUUCAGCAAGGAGCAUGGGUGUCCCAACUGUGGCUUCUCCUAUUGCUCAAAGUGUCUGAAGAGGCCAAUGCCAGUACCUCGGUUCGCAGGGAAGGUGCUGAAUGUAUGCUUAAUUUGCUACGAUAAACUGUCCAAGAUGCAGACUAAUGUCGAUCAUAAUAAAGUCAUAGACUGCGAUGCAUUGCCCGGAGAACUUGUUACCCAACUGCGCCUACCAAAUCCCUUAAAUAGCUCCACCCGGUUGGAACUCGACAAUGCAGAUGUUCUUUUUAAAAAUGUUUCAUCGUCGGAGGAACUGGCAGCAGUGCUGGCACCCAUAAGCAGUACUUUCUGCACCGCAGCACAUUCUACAAAUGAAUGUAUUGACGAAAAUUUGGAUAGUGCCAUAGCAAAACGGUUGCAAAAUCUUAAAGAUGUCGAUGCAACCGACGAUGAAAUUCGAACGCGUCUCUCUAACAUAAGCGGCAUUCCUUGUCAGAAGAACUACUACAAAAAGGAUUUGCUGCUUUCCACGGACCAAAGAAGUGACCAGGACAAAAUUAAAGAUUUGCUUGAUCAGUUCAUGGACGAAACACAUCUGGACCAGAAAGUUGACACCCAACGUAACGAUGCAAUUUCCGACAUUGAACAACGUUUGCGUGCACUGCGGGAUGCCCCAAUCGGUGAUGAAGCAGGUUCGGGUGCAGAGCUAUCUAAAACUUCAAAUACUCCCAGCGAUAACGAGGAUGAUGAAAAUGUUUUAAAAAAUAUAAUAAAAAAGUACGUUGCAGAAUCAAGUUUACUAACUGGGAAAAGUAGCCUUAAUGAUGACGUCGAUGGCGACCCGACCAAAAACAGCAUUACUGAGGAGCUGCCUUGGUGUAAUAUUUGUGAUGAGGAUGCCGUCUUCCGUUGCCGUGGAUGCGAUGGCGAACUAUUCUGCUCCCAGUGUUAUAGAGAGUACCACGACGAAGAUGAAGAGUAUCGAGCGCAUGUUAAAGUGAAGUACAGUUCUCCGCCUAAAUUUACAGAAAACCACUUCUAGUUCACUGUUUAGGUUAAUUGUUUUUUAUUUGUAAGUGUUUUUUCUCUGCUAAGAAUUAAACAAUUUUGCAAUGUUCUUUUCAA